GAGUCCCCUCGUCUGUUGAUGAGUAAGGAGAUCUCACUCCCUGCCAGCCACAUCCCUCCAACCUGACUGUGAAGCCGCGGAUACUUCAUCCCCUGAUGCUUUUGCCGCGCGAGACCCUGCCGCUAUCCGCCCUCGACCUCUCUCAGCCGCUCGGUGACUUCCCUGCCAGCCGCCUCUUCGAAUCCAGAAUUAAGAUUCUCGACUUAGAGGGCCGCCUAGGCUCCAAUAUUCUUGUUGCCCGCUCCGAGACGACCCGCAUGGUCUAUGCCGUCGAACGCGAGAGCAAUGGACUGUACGUGCUGUGCAAGCUGGGUUCUUGGGUGGACAUCGAGACCCUCGGCCAAAGCGCCACGGUUGUUUGCGACGAACGAAUGAGAAGCAUGAAGACAGCGAGGCCUGGGAACGCUGCUGCCACCCCAUUAACCACCCCUUCGAUGUACAACGAGACCAAGAGGAGGAAACUGGCCAUCGAAGAGAUACAGUCUCUGGUUCGGAGACGCUCCAUGUCGAUUAUUGAGAAAGACACCCCAAGUCAAGCUUCCAGCGUUGUCGAGGAAAGGCCGCCAUCAAGACAGAACGCCAGCCAAAGCGUCAGUUCUAUGCAAAAGCCUAUCAAGAUAUCUGCUGCACCUGGUCCUCCCGCGCCGGCUCCGCUUGGAGCUACGGCCCUGGGUACCGCGACGAAUGACGAUUCUCAACCUACCGCUGAAAAGAUCUUUCAAAAUCUUCGGGCGCAAUACAUGGAAGCUCUAUACCACUCCAAGGGUUCGUUGGCGUAUUUUGCAAAAGGCCCUCUUUCCAGGGCCAGAGCGGCAUUCCAUAUUGACUGGGACGCCAAUCUUGACAUGAACGACCUAGUCGAAUUCCUGAAGAGCCUUGUCAUGACCACCAUCGUCAUCGACAAGAAGUAUCGCGAGACAAUACCCGAGAUUGUAGCCAAAAUCAAGACGGUUACGCAGGACUCGGAAAACGGUGGCUCCAAGGCCAGGAAGAGGAAGCAGAAAAAGCCCAAACUCGGCAAAGAUGGGCUGUACCCCGGAGAGGUUGACCAUAUUAAGCGAUGGUGGGCUUCGCACCAGCCCAUUUCGAGCGGGGACGACGACAGAACCUUCACAGCGACUGAAAGCAGAUAUCACAUUUCCUCCCUAAGAAGGAGGGAAACUCAGCUGCAGAUGAUCCUGAUUCUGGAGAUUCUGGCCCUGGAACCUGUUGCACUGGCAAAGGGCACAGAGUGCCAACUUCCGGGGAUGGAAUCUCAUGCCGCCACCGAGGAGGCAAGCCAGGAACCAUCAAGCAAGAAAAGGAACAAGCACAACCUGCCCGUGCUCCUUGACGUACACGCAGACCGACUCUGCAUCUGGCAGUCCACAACAUUGGACGAAGUCAAGGCGGUGGCCGAGUCUCAAGUGCCCGCCGAGGGUGCUGGAGCAGAGGAGCUGGAGAGGGCCAAUUCGGACCCUCUGAGGGAUUUUUGUGUCGAUAUCCUUGUGCCAUUCUUCUCAGCUCGUCUUCCGGGACUUUGCGACUCCCUCAACCGCAAAUUAGGAGGCCCUGUUGCCCAGUCGCCACCCAAGGAGAAGACGGCAAAGCCUGCUUCAACGGCCAAGCCGAAACCCGGUGCGCCGAUAAAGCGAGCUGCGCCCUCGAAGGGGGACAGGGCCAGAACGCUCGAGCGUGCCCUCUCGGUUGAGCGGAGUAGGCGCAGUGUCUCACAAGGCCCUGCCGCCGCGAUUGCACUGCUGCGAUCCGCGACGCAGACAGUCAUCCCAGGGUUGAAGAGGGAGGCGAGCGAAUCGUCCUUGACGGGUCUUAUUCUGAGGGCAGACUCAAACUCUCUCAGGGAGAGGCCGUCCAGCAUCUUCUCACGGAGUAUAAGCAUGAGUGGGGCGGAUGUGAAGGCACAGAAAAAGGCGCAGGUAGAGGCCGAGCUCAAGGACGCCAUCUCAGCACUGAAAAAGCCCAACCGGACCCUGGCUGUCAAAGAAUUUGUCGAGGCAGCCGACAGGCGGGCCUCGGCCGGGCAAUUGAAAAAACUAAAGAAGCCCAGCCGGGCCUCAGCUGUGCAGGUCAAAGCCACGCCAGCCAACAACCGGUACAAGGACGUCCUAGCAGCCGAAAAGGCACAGUCACAGCCUGCUCCCUUUCUCGACAUACCCCCCUCCAGCGCCUCCGUCGUCCCGGCGUCCACUCUGCCUCGCAAGUUCGCCAACAGGCUACACAACCCGAGCCCGUCCGCACCCCGCGUCCAAUCAACGCCACUGCGGCAGCCCUCCUCCUCCUCUGUCAUGGCACCAACCGCCCCACAUCAGCAAGAGACCCCUCGGGGUUCAGGCGUCCCGCUCUCGUCGCCCAUCAUGGCCCGAAAGGCGGCUCCGCCAGCGUCCGCGCCAGCCCAGCAGCAGCAGCCGCGAUUUCCAUCAUCACAGCACCUGCCAGUGCCGUCAGCAAGCCGUCGCGGCGGCGGCGCGGAUACGCCUCCCUUCCCCGGACUGGGCACACUAUUCGAGACGCCUGUCGGCCCUCGAUGUUCUGCCAAGGAGAGGCUGAAAGUGGUGGUGGACGAUACGCCCAUCAGGUCGCGGCUUCCGCUCGGGGUGGCGGGGGAUGGGGGGAACCGAUCUGGGGUGGCGGUGAUGAAGAAGGCCAAGGACAUGAAGAAGAAGGAGGAGGAGCAUGGGAGUGGAGGGUGCAGUAGUGACGGGGCGGGGGCAAAUGGCGGCGCUACCAAGGGCGGGGAGAAUGGGAGCGAUGGGAUGAGCAUUUACCAGCGGCUGGGGUGGGAUACGGCGGAUUUGGAUGGCAUUGAUGACUUGCUAUGAUCGUGGGACUAGAUUUGGACUGGGUUAAGGACAACGGGGGAACACCUGUUCAGAUGUGACCGAAGGAUAAGACAUGAGAAUAGCGAGCGUGCUUCUUGGCGUUGCUUGUUUGGAAUCGCAAGGCUGCGGACAUCAUGUAAGGUAUUCUAGGGUACUGGCAUCGUGAUACCACGGAGACAGCAGCGGCAUGAAUAGAGACCAUAUC